CCUAGCUGGUACAUGAUCCAAAUGAACAGCUACCAUAUUCAUGCUCUCUUCCCAAAUCAGUGUAGCUCAAGUCUGGUGCAGAUCAUAGAUGCACCACUCUCUCUGGUUUGGUCAAUCCUUCGCCAAUUUGAUAAACCUCAGGCCUACAAGCUCUUUGUAAAGAGCUGCAUAAUGUUCUCUGGGGACGGAGGCGCUGGGAGCAUUCGUGAGGUGAUAGUUUGCUCUGGUUUACCUGGUAAAACCAGCGUAGAGAGGCUUGACAAGCUCGAUGAUGAGAAUCAUGUCCUAAAUAUUAGCAUCGUUGGCGGCGAACACAAGCUUGUCAACUACAAAUCUACGACUACGGCGCAUGUAGAGGAAGAAGGUAGGAAGACUAUUGUGGUUGAAUCUUACGUGGUGGAUAUUCCUGCUGGGAGUAGUAAAGAGGAUACUUGCUUGUUUGCUGAUACUAUCAUAGGUCACAACCUCCGGUUACUGGCUAGAGUUGCAGAACGGAUGGAUUGA